AUGGGGGUCAGGCAAGGCCACACGAGGCGAUCCGCUCCCCUCGCCGUCGCCGCCGCCGCCGCUGUGAUGGGGGCUGCUGCUGCCUUCUGGGCUCUGAUCCGAUCCAAGCCGUCGGAUGACGAGAGGCGUCGCAAUCGGACGGCUUCAGCGGAAGGCGAUGAUGUGGAGGACGGGACUUAUAUCGAGGCGUGGACAAUAGCGGGUCUGCAGAACCCGUCGAACUUAUGCUACUUCAAUGCGACUCUACAGUCACUAGCCAGCAGUGCAUCAGUGCGUGCCUUCCUGCACGCUGCAGUCUCGCUAUCAUCACACCACCUCGCCGCCACUGCCACUACCACUGCCGUCAACCUGCCUCUCACAGCAGCUCUUCAUUCGCUGCUCCAAGCGCUCUCAGAGCCAAUCACAGGGCGCCAGGUGGCGUGCUCUCGUGCGUUUCUGCGUGCGCUCGCGCCUCAUGACUCGCGCUUCAACUUCCACCACCAGCAGGACUGCAUGGAGGCGCUGGCGCUGCUGGCGGGCGCCCUGCUGCGCGACCUGGCGCCCCUGCAGCGCCACCUGCACCUCUCCUCCGCGCCCCUGCACCUGCCCGGCCUCUGCUCCCUCGCGGGGGAUGGGGCGCAUGGGGGCGACGGCGGUGGGGCGCGCUGGCGCGUGCAUGGCGUGUGGCGCGCGGUGCAGGGCGGGGCGGGAUGCAGUGGAGUAGAGGGCACAGUGGGGGGGGAGGGGCGGGGGGGGAGUGUAGACUGCAGCGCGGGAUUAGGGCGCGCUGUGCAGCAGUCAGGUGCAGCAGGGAUGGAGGAGGGUGCGAUGGCACGGGUGGGGGAGGAGAGGCGGCACGGGCACGGCAGCUCACCUGGCUUUGCAAUAGGGCCGCAGGGCUGUGCAGGGGGCGGCAGCACGGGGGCAGCAGGGGGGCACGGGGGGGAGGAGAAUCAGGGAGUGGGGCUAAUGGAGGGACAGCAGAAGGAAGGGGGUGGGAGGUGCUGCGCUCAAGAGUCAGACGCGCAAGGGGAGCAUGGCAGCACGCCGGCAGCAUGCUCUCAGCAGCAGGAGCAGCAUCACCCUGCCUCGCUUGCUGCUGCCUCCUCCCAUGCGUGCACCGAGCAGGCCCCUUGGCCCGUGCGUGCGAGUGCACUGCCGUGUGAUGCGCUGCUGCAGUGGCCGCUCUCAGGCACGGCCGUCAGCCUCCUCGCAUGCCUUGCAUGCGGUUACCAGUUCCCCAGCAGCGUGCAGCCGUGCACCGACAUCUCGCUGCCACUCCCCCCCUGCUCCCCGCACGGCAUGUCGCUCAAGUCCUUGCUGCGCAGCUACACGGCACCAGAGCAGGUGUCAGACGUCACAUGCCCUAGCUGCUGCCACGUGGCGGCUGCUGGCAUGGUGAGAUCUGCCAUGGCACUGCAGCAGCAGCAGCAGCAGCAGCAGCAGGAAGAUCAACCGGGGCAUGAGGGAACACGCCGCAAUGCUGGCAAUGUGGUGUUAUGUAUGGACCCCGAGGGGCAUGGGCAGGCAGCGAGGGAUGCUCGUGGCCAUGCGCGUGCACAUGGCACGGAAGCGCCACUUGCCUCUGCGCUGGUGGUAGAAGCUGGUGCGGUAAGCAGCGUUGUGGAUGUGGCAGCAGCAGCAGUGGGAGGGCGAGGAGCAGUGGAGCCCAGGGAUGUGGGGGAGGGAGAGUCAUGUGGGCACACGGGCAAGCGGCAAGAGGACAUGGAGGCGCUGCUGGCAGCCCUGCAGGCGUGCACGGCGGCUGACAGCACUGCCUGUCGCUGCCCCGCGCGCCUGAGAGCGCUGCUGCCCGCCCGCCCGUGGCCGUGUGUGAGGCGCCCUGCGCUCAAGCGCCUGCUGCUCGCACGCCUGCCACAGGUGGCGUGCAUUCAGGUGCAGCGAGUGGCGUUCUCCCCUUGGGGCGCGCUGCACAAGGCGCAUGACCACAUCCCCUUCCCCCUUCUCCUCGACCUCUCGCCAUUCUCUCUUCUAGCAUACACCUCUCGCCCCGCGUCCCCACUGCACCCACUGUCCACCUCUCAGCCCUCCCUUGCUCCGGCAGCCUCACCCACUCUACCCCUUGCCCAUUCUCUCUCUCCUAACCCCUCCCUCCCCUUCAUUUUCCAACCAUCCCUGCUCUCCCAUGUCUUAACAACCGACGCUAGCCCUGUCCCCACAACCUUUGUCCCCUCCUCACCGCUCUCCCACCACUGCCAAGCAUCCCGCGCCCCACCGCUGCAUUUCCCCUUCCUCUGGGCCGCCUCCCCUCCUCCACGUCGCCCUGCCUCUCACUCCACUGCAACCCCUCCUGCUCGCCCUGCUGCUGCUGUAAUGAACACCACGAUUGCAGAGGGUGCAAUGGCAAGCUCAAAAGGGUGCGCUCCAGCUGCCUCUGCUGCUACCAGCACAUGUGGGGCGCCAGUCGCGGCUGCUGCUGGUGCAGGGAGCGAGGGCGGUGUGCAGGGCAGCAGUGUGCAGAGCGGGAAGGCAUGUGCGUCACAGCUACAUGUGACUGCUGCCAGUGACCACCCAGUGCAUGCACCAGCCCCUCCACAUGGCCCUGCCCUUUCCAACACCAUAGCACGGGCAUCAAGUGCGGCGGUGGCAGCGAGUGGCAGUGGUGGGUGCUGGUACCGCCUGGUCGCCGUGGUGGUGCACCAUGGAGGGCCUCAGAGCGGCCACUACUCUGCGUUCCGCCGCGUGUGCAGGGACGAGGCUAAGAACACAGGGGGGGGAGGCGACAAAGGUGGUGGAGGCGGGAGAAGCGAGAGAGGAGAGGUGGCAGGUGUGGUGCGAGGAGGGGACAGUCGGUGGUUCAGUGUGUCAGAUGAGCAUGUGAGUGAGGUGAGGGAGGCGCAGGUGCUGGGUGCUGAGGCCAGCAUUCUCUUGUAUGAGGCCAUGCAUGCGGCUAUUUAG